AUGGAUUGUGGUAAUCCUAAUUGCUGGAGCUAUAUACAAGUACUUCCAAAGCAGACAAAAGAAAUAAAUUUUACUAAAUUUAACAUAAUGGAUCGAACAGCUGAACUUAUGCCCAACUUUCGGCGUAUGAAUAGGACAGAAAUCACUGGGAGUAGGACCAGACAUGUCCUAACUUUUAACCCCAACUCCGCUAAACCGGGAGAAGAAAUUUACGUCAAUAUCCCAAAGCUAAAAGCCGACUCCGUUCUUGUACCGGACAGUAUCGCUUUGGUCUUCGACUCUAAGAACAGUAAUACAAAAUCCUGGUUUAGAAACAACCUAGGUAAACUUCUUCAGAAAAGACUAGAAAUCCGACUUGCAGGAGAAAAAGUCUACGACAACAGUGGAAAAAGCCUACUGGAAGUCUACAAAGACCUAUGGUUGCACAAAAAACAGCGUGAUGACAUAGUGGAGGACGGCAUUGCUACCGAAGCUACGAGGAAGAAAAUCUCCAAGGAUGAUGCCGCAAACGAUGAUGCUGAUGCCACCGCAUUGUUCGGCGUGUUUGGAACAAAACAGAGAAUCAAGGUCAACAAAAUUUUUAAAGAUCAUGGGCUCUACGCCCCACAUAACAUGGCAAACGACCUACAAUAUGUGAUUACCCUACCUGCAGCAGACGAAAUCAUGAGUGCACAAGGAGGAGAAUCCGUAGAAGGAUAUACCUUGGAGAACAUCGAAUUGGAAUAUAAGUCCAUCGAUAAUAAUGACCUUGCAAGGAAAGCCGAGGGUCCGUAUGGAUCCGAACGAGAGCUAUCCUUCGAACAUACCACCCUGAUGAAGAAAUCCGAAUGGGACAAAAACUCCACCAUCAUUAAUGAGACAAUCAAUAUACCACGCAGGAGCAUGAAAGCCAUCGUUAUGUUAUUCACAAACAAGACAAAAUCUGACAGUGAAGAAUAUGUAUGUAUACCCCAACAUCGAAAAGGUCAAGGUAACCGUAGAGGGUGUUCCAAAUUCAGUCUAUAGCCAAGGUAUCCCGAAAACAAGGCUAUACGAGGAGGCAAGGCGACUGUUUGGUACUGACGAAAUCAACCAUCAGACACUAACCGGCUUCUUUAAAGACAAAAAAUUCGCACUGGUCAUUGAUCUCAGAACCGCAAACGACGCCAACACAUAUGGAAACGGUGCUAAAAUUCAGAACACCCAGUCUGGAAUACUGGUGGAAAUCACAAAGAAAGCUAUAACUGCACACGUUGUAUGUUACAUGUUCGUCCUUUCCGACGGUGUUAUCAGGAUCGCGAACGGGCAACUUGCUGGGGUAAAGUACUAG